AUGGUAGACGUUGAGAAGAUUCGGGCAUAUCCUACCGCCCCGUCUGCCUCCUAUAAAGAGAGGGAACAGGACCAGCCGAAGGAGGUGAUUAGCUGGCGUGCCGUGCCACGAAAAGACCAGCUUCUUAUUCUCUUCAUAUCUCGUUUCGUCGACUUCUUCCAGGUGGCUUCAUUACAGGCAUACAUCUUCUUCCAGCUCAAACACUUUGACGACCGGCUCUCAGACGCAGAGAUAUCGAAACAGGCCGGCAUACUGCAGGGUUGUUUUACUGGUGCUCAAGUUCUCACUGCAGUCCUCUGGGGGAAGGCCGCGGACGCCAGUUGGUGUGGCCGUAAGCGCGUGCUUCUCAUCGGCCUUGCUGGUACAGCUGUAUCAUGCGUAGGAUAUGGAUUCUCAACUUCAUUUUAUGAAGCAGCAUUGUGGAGAGCCUUGGGCGGCGCCAUCAAUGGUACUGUCGGCAUCACGUAA